AUGUCCGUCAAGUCGAUACCGAACGACAUCUUCCAGUUCUCCUUACAGUCCGCGUACAAUGCGGGACUCAAGGAUGGAGGUCCACCUGUAGCCUUCCUCACGAAUCAUGGCAAUCAUGGCAUCGGAGUAUUUGAAGACGAAGAGAGCGAUCUGAUUCAAGUUGACGGCGUGGCAUACAGCAUAGACAAGGAUGGCGAUGUGGAAAAGGCGGACAAAGACGAGCAGCUACCAUUCGUAAUGGUCACCAUAUUUCAGCCAACGCAACGAGUCAAGCCUCCACCGAGUACGACCAGCAAGAAGCUGAAAGAGGUUUUUGAAAGAGGCAAGAACACCCCAAUGCCCUUUAGGCUCAAAGGGCCAUUCAAAUACAUCAACACACAACAGCAGACCUAUUGGGAUGUGUCGGGGACAAUCUUUGGCUACGCAGUCCCAGAAUGGCAGAAAGCGAUCAGCGGCGAAAGAUUGCAGUGCAUGUUCCUGAGCGAAGACAAGAAGAAUGGUGGCCGAGUAGUGGAUUUCGAAACUGGAGACGGAGCAAGUCUUGAGUGGGCAAAAUGUGGGAGAUUUCAUCUUGGCUUCCCUCAAGAUGAUGAAUAUGAAGAGCUUCGACUAUGAUCGCUACAACCUUUGGCCGCUUUCUGAGAUGCGCCUGCGUCCGCGGAAGUAGCUGCUGCUGCCUAUGCUGCCGCCUCUGCAGGAAAGUCUAUAGUAGACUUAUCCCCUCUGCGACCUCUUCUGGCUGCGGCAAAACCUGCGCCGCCGUCAUUCCAAUACGGUACGCGUCCGCCGUCAUCAAAAUUGUGUCGGCUGGAUCCUGCACCCCUCCAUUAGCUUGAGCGGCUUCGAGGUCUUCGGCGAUAAGUUGAGCGACUGCUGCUUCAAGGUCUUGCAACGGCGGACGGUCCUGGGGAUUAUAUUUCAUGCAUCGGUUCACCAGAUCAACAAGGCCAGCGCCAUAUUUCGAGCGGAAGUAUUCGUGGUCGAUCUUAUACUCAGUGACCUUGCCUGGCAGAUACGAUGGCUGUUCUUCCUUAGUUAAUGUGGUACACUGCAUCAAGCAGUACAACACGGCCCCAAUACCCCAAACCUGUCAUGUGCUCAGCUUUACACUAUUGAUCGGCUUGAAUCUACUC